GCUGUCCAUAUCUUCUACAGUCACAUCAAACAGCAAUGCCAAGUAAGACUGUUCUUCCCACUGCCAGAGAGGCCCUAGCAGGGAGGGCUGAAGCUCUCCAGGUAGCAGCCAAGCAUGCAGUUAAUGGAAAAUCCACACUGGAGCCAUUCCCAGCAGGAUACGAAUUGGCAAUGUUUGGUAUGGGCUGUUUCUGGGGUGUAGAACGGUUAUUUUGGAGACAAACUGGCAUCUUCUCCACACAGGUGGGAUACGCAGGAGGAUACACUCCAAAUCCCACAUACCAGGAGGUGUGCACAGGUCUUACCGCACAUGUUGAAGUUGUCCGAAUUGUAUUUGACCCUAAAAUUACAAGCUAUAAAUCAUUACUGAAAUUAUUCUGGGAGAACCAUGACCCAACAGAGGGAAUGAAGCAAGGAAAAGAUGUGGGUACUCAGUACCGCUCAGUGAUAUUCACCUAUGGAGAUCAACAGAGAGAGGCAGCACUUCUGUCAAAAGAGAACUUCCAAAAGGAGCUUAAACGUAACAACCUGGGAACCAUCACUACAGAGAUAUGUGCUGUUCCUGAGUUUUAUUACGCAGAGGAUUAUCACCAGCAAUAUCUGCACAAGAACCCAGAAGGUUAUUGUGGUCUCAAGGGAACUGGAGUGACCUGCCUUCUGUAGGAAUCAGGAUACUUUCUUACAUGUUUCUUAAUCUCUAUCAUUGUAAGCUAUAUGCAACCUGAAAUUCCAUAUUCAGUUGUAAACAAAUAAAAUCUGUUGCAAGUAUUA